AUCGGGGAGAGAUUUUUUUGUUUCGGAACCCCAACCUGUUUUCUAAUUUCUUUAUAAAAUGUGAUUCAGGUUUUAAAUUCACAAGACAUUGUCAACAGUCAACAACUACUGAACAACAACAGUCAACGCAUAAAAAUUUUCCUGAUUAAAAAGCAACAAUGCCGAAAUUUCGUUUUUUUCCAAACCGGAUGGAAGAUUACAGCGCUCAUGCUGACGUUUCUGUUGAUAAGGAAAGAUGGCUAUCCAGAAUAAAGUCUUUGAUUGCUGAAAUAUUAGAAUAUAUCCGAGGUGAAAAGAGUACUGAUGGUGGUCUUUAUGUGGGAAGUAUUGGAGUGGCCUACAUGUUGUGCUAUGCCUCUGAGUUUGAGCCUCUCCAUGAUCGUAAAAUGGUCUACUUAAAUGAAGCCUCUGAUGUCUACAAGUUUAACAGAAACUAUUUCGAUCGCCACCGUCCAAGAGACUCAGAUAGGACGUCCUUUGUUUUGGGAGAAGCUGGAUUGAAUGCUGUUGGCUUGUACUUGGGAAGUAUGACAAAGAACAAGAGUUUGGUGUCAGCUAAUCUUGAUCAGUAUUUAUCACUACACAAGACGUUUCUUCAUCUUAAUAUGCGUUGUGGAUCAGAUGAACUCUUUGUUGGCCGUGCUGGGUAUUUAUGUGGAAUUUAUUUUAUUAAGAACAUAUUGGGGAAUCAAGAGAAGCUUGAUACCAUGUUUGAACUAAACCAAGGCAUAGAUGAUAUUAUUCUGGCGAUGAUUAGAUCUGGACGAAGUUUGGCUGCCAAGAUUAGGUCACCCACACCGUUGAUGUAUUCGUAUUAUGAUACUUUAUAUUUAGGAGCUGCUCAUGGCUUAUCUUCAAUACUACAAAUGGCCUUACAACAUAAAACAUUUAUCGAGAAGCAUCCAAUGGAAGCGGCCUGGGUCAAAGAUUCGGUGGAUUGGCUGCUAACUAUUCAGCAGCCUAAUGGCAACUUUGCACCAGCUAUGGAUGAGUUGUCUUCCCCAAGGUCAGAGAAGGAUGAACUGGUCCAUUGGUGCCAUGGUGCCCCGGGUGUUAUCUACCUGUUAGCAAGAGCUUACUUGAUCUGGAAAGAGGAGAAAUAUUUAAAUGCCUGUCUCAAGUGCGGUGAAUGUGUCUGGCAGAAAGGGUUGCUGAAUAAAGGACCUGGAAUAUGUCACGGCAUAGCAGGCAAUGGUUAUGUCUUCCUGUUGCUGUAUCGGCUAACUCAAGAUAAGAAACAUUUAUACAGGGCUACGCAGUUUGCCAAUUUUAUGUUGACAGAUGAGUUUCAGUCGAAAGCCAGAACUCCGGAUAAUCCGUACAGCCUCUAUGAAGGUAUGGCAGGUACAGUAUGUUUCUUGAUAGAUCUUUUACAACCAGAGAAAGCAGCUUUUCCUUUCUUCAAUGUUUUUGAUGAUGAUUGAGAAAGUCUGAAACAACUUGAUGGCUGUUUAAGUUGUUUCAGAUUGUUUCAACUGCUGUCAGACAUGAUUGUUUUAAACUGUCCGCAUUGGACCACUUGUUAUGGAACUAACAGAUUUCUCUUAACCUCUGUAUAGACACACUUGCUUGGUAUUGCCAUGUUGAAGACAAGACUCGAUGAUAAUAUGUUUAUUAAGUAAAUGGAUUUUACUUUCAAUAUAAAACAUUGAUUGGUUUUGUGGACCUACUUAUGGCUCUGCUUACUAGUAAUGCCUUUCACUUCUGCAGUGACUUUCAAUACACUCUCACUACAGGAGUAUAUUUCAGCCUUUUUAAUGAGUGCAAGUAGUGUAGGUUUGAACUAAUGGCUGCUUCCCACUACCAGCCUAUUCAUUUUUCAAAGUACAUUUCAAUAGUUUGCAUUGUUUAAAACUAAAAAACGAUUUUUUUAAUUGACAGACAAAAAUGUCAUUUGUACAUUAUGAUGUAUAUGAAUAAAAACAUUGUAAGUCUGGUGACAUGAUUUGAUAUUGUCUUUUAAUAAUGACUUUGUUUUUAAUGCUGUGAUUGAAAUUCAAUAAGUUGAAGUUCAAUAAAAAAUGUCUGUACCAAAGAA